AUGUCUCGGUCUCGACAUGCUAAGGAUAUGGAUAAGAAUACAAGAUAUUUUCAUCAAUUAGCCUCGGCUAAAAGGAGGAAUAACAGAAUUAAUGAUGCGCUUUUACUGCAUGGGAGGUUGGUACGAAAUCAGGCUAGAAUAAAGGUGGCAAUUAGAGGGUUUUAUAAAGAUUUGUAUCGUAAAGAAUAUGCUCCAUUGAUUGGAUUUCGGGAAGGACUAGUGAUGAAGAUGGAUGAAAAUGAGGCUACAGCAUUAGAAAUAAUGCCCUCUGCUGAAGAAGUCAAAGAGGCUGUUUGGGAUUGUGAGUCUACAAAAGCCCCAGCCUCUAUGUCGACUCUGAUUAAUGGGACACCGUCCAAGCCGUUCAAGAUGGAGAGAGGUCUAAGACAAGGGGAUCCUUUAUCUCCUUUCCUGUUUGUCCUUGUGGUUGAUGUAUUACGUAGGAUGGUGGCAGAAGCAGUCAGGAAUGGACGUAUAUCCCCACUGCUGGUUGGGAGGGAUAACAUAGAACUGUCACACUUUCAGUUUGCGGAUGACACUAUUUUGUUUUGCCCACCAGAGACAGAGACAAUCUUGAAUUAUAAGAGGCUCCUGCUAUACUUUGAACUCAUGUCAGGACUAAGUAUCAACUUUGACAAAUCGAAUUUGAUUUUCGUUAAUUGUGAGUCAGAGUGGGUGACGAAUAUAUGUGGGAUACUAGGAUGUACUGAAGCAGUUCUACCCGUAAGAUACCUGGAAAUCUCCUUAGAAGCAAAUCCUCGAUUAGUGAAGACAUAG